AUGGAGCGCAACCAUGCGGUCAGGAGGGAGCAGCUCAGCAAGUACCAUCUGCAGUUUCCCGACGACUCGCUCAAGACCGCGCUCAGGAUGACCGCCAGCCGGCGGAACAUCUCACGCAACGUGCACGGGUAUUCGCCCGCGACGUUGGUGCUGGGCACACAGCCCAAGGUACCUGGCGCUCUAUGCGACGAGGACAUCGGCCUGGCGGAGCAGGCCGCGCUGGUCGACCCCAAGAGCGAGGUGCACAAGGUGAUGGUCAGGCGCGCUGCGGCAGGGACAGCUUUCAUCGAGGCCAACUGCUCUCGUGCCGUGCGAGCUGCGCUGUUGGCGCGCAGCAGGCCGACGCGCCGCGAGUGUCAGAUCGGCGAGUGGGUCUACUUCUGGCGACCCGAGAUGUCGACGGGCCUGGAGAAGUGCCACUGGCAUGGCCCGGCGCUGGUGGUGGCGGUGGAGUCGAAGGUCAUCGAGGGCGACGUGUUUUACGCGUCCGUGGUGUGGGUCACGCACGGGCGCGCGAUCUACCGAUGCACGGUGGAGCAGCUCCGCCCCGAGCUGUCAAGUGAGACCCGAGAGCGAGAAGGAUGGCGCGAGGAUCCCGACAGCCCACUCAGCACCGUCGAGAAGCUGAGGAGGGCGCUCAGGCGGACCAAGGGAACCUGCAGCUUCAGUGACCUCGCCGAGGGGGGCCAGCGGCCCCAGUACGACGACGCCCUGGACGACGUGGGCGCGCAGCAGCCCGGCGCCCAGGGACACCGCGAUGGAGAUCGAGAUGGACAAGAACGAGAGGGGCCGAGUGGAGCGGCUGCCGCGGCAGCUCCCGAGGCCCACCAGCCAGCCGAGGCUGGCGAGGAGGCGGCUCCAGACCCUGCGCCUUCGGGGGCCAGCGCUGCGCGAGGGCGCGGCAACGCUGCGAGGGGGCCGAGCAGAGCCCACAUCGAGGCGAUGGCCAAGAGGAGCAUCGAGGGGGCUGAGAAGCUGGACGGCAUCCCCUUGGCAAAACGCGCCCGCAUGUCGUGGGCCAGGCUCGCGCCGCAGCAGGAGGGGUCGUGUCUCAUCGAGGAGGUGGGCGACGAGAUGACGUUGUUGGAGGAGUCCACCGAGACGAUCUACAUGCUGGCUUUCAAGGGGAAGGCCCCCGCCAUCGUGGGGGGGGGGCUCACGCCCGAAGAGCGGGGGCAGUUCUACGCAGCCAAGCUGGAGGCCCUCGAGGUGUUCAACAAGAACGACGGCUGGGAGCCCAUCGACGAGGCGGAGGUAGACCCAGCGGCGCGCUGCCCGCUACGCUUCCUGCUGAAGUGGCAGGUGAAGGACGGGCAGCGAGUGGCCAACGCGCGAGUGCUCUACCAGGGCUUCAAGCACCGCAACCUGGCCGAGGGCCAGCUCGACAAGGAGGCGCCCGCUUUGAGCAGGCUUGGCCGACACACGGUCAUGCUUUGGGCGGCCUUGGGGAAGUGGAGGCUGUUCGCUGCGGAUGUGAAAUCCACGUUCCUGCAGGCCGAGGGCGUCGGCGCUCACGGCAUCAAGCUGUGCGCGAGCCCAACGAAGGAGAUGAGGGGAAUGCUUGCGCGCCAGAUCGGCCUGCAACCAGGACAGUUGCUCAAGGUGAUUAAGCCUUGCCUUGGGGGCCCACGGUCGCCCAAGCUCUGGCGCUACCGCUCCGACGAAGUCACGGGGGAGGUCGGGUUCAAGAACCGCUGGCUCAAGAAUUGCUUGCUGCUGCCCUUGCGGGCCGCGCGACCCUCGGACGACCCGUUCGACGCGCGCAGCUUCGACGGCCAGACGUUCGCGGUGGACGGGCUGAUCGGCGAGCGCGUGGACGACUUCACCGGCUGCGGCGAGAACGUGAGUUGCGAGGAGUGCUUCCAGGCGCGGUUGGGCAUGCUCAACGAGAAGUUCAAGUUUGGCAAGUGGGAGUUCGGGCCGAGCCUAGUCUUCACCGGCGGCGAGGUGGAGCAGCCCCUGAGCACCCGCGCGAUCACCAUCAAGUUCGAGAAGUACCUGCACGCGGUGAAGCCCAUCACCGCGGAGAAGCACCGGCGGGCAGAUCCCACCAGCGCGCUGUCGCCGAAGGAGCUCACCAGUUUCAGGGCCCUGAACGGCCAGCUGCAGUGGCCGGCAGCCCAGGGAGUUAUCAUCGCGGCGGCGACCGUAUCGUUCAGAGCCGCGGCGACUGGACAUGCGACGGUGCAGGACUUGCUGGGCGCGAACAAAAAAAUACGGCUCCUGAAGGCCCACGCGGACGUGGGAUUGCACUUCGGCUUUGACAGGCCGUGGAGCGAAUUGCGCGUUGGAGGCUACUCAGAUGCGGGCCGGGCCAGCCGACCUGACGGAAGUUCCCAAGGAGGCUAUCAGAUCUUCGUCGGACCCGCGGAUGAGCUCAACGCCGGCACCCCGACACCGUUCGUGGCCAUGGAGUGGGCCUCGAAGAAGCUGGCGCGGUUGUGCAGGAGCUCACUGUCCGCCGAGGCGCAAGCCGCGGCGAUGGGAGCCGACUCGCUGAUGUGGGUGAAGGUCUUUUUGGCCCUGAGUCUGAGGCCCGACCUCGGACGCGACGCCGCCAUGACAUACCUCGGAGAGCCGCCGUUCAUCACAGACGCGAAGUGCCUCUACGACGCCUCGCGGUCAGCUACGGCGGGGUUGGGCAUCGCGGAGAAGAGGGCGGCCAUCGAGGUGACGAUCGUGAACGAGCAGCUGGCGGAGAUGAUGGCGGAUGUGUUACGCCGUGGAGUUCAUGCCUUGCGCUACGACCCCGACUUCGUGGCCGGCAAGAAGCCCGCCAAGCGCGCGAUGGAGCAACGCGAGAAGAAGCUGGACCAGGCAGGAGAGGAGUUGCUCGAUACCUUCGAGAAGGAGCCCGUGGCGAAGGCGAAGGCUAAGGCCAGGACGCGUCAUUUUGGCGCGAGUGGAGCUCGUUUGGCAGCUACGUUGGCGGCUACGAAAGCGACUGGCUCUGGAGCUGAGGUGGUGCAGUAUACGCCCAGCGGCGUCGAGCUGUUCCACCCACCGACCAACGACGACUGGAACAACCUGCUGGUGAAGCUGGCCAUGUUCGGAUUCGUGUUGGCGAUGCUCGUGGGUUUCGGCUGUGGGUUCUGGGUCGGCACCUGCUGGACACGCUGGACUACGACGGGCGCUGAGCAGAAGAGCAUCAGGCCGCGGGAGCCAGAGACCGAACCGAACCCCAGCAAUACGGAGAAGCACUACGUCGAGGGGACCGAGAUGAUGACGACAGGUGUGAACACCAAGCAGCCACGCCAGAAGAAAGUGCGCCACAUGAUGUGCCAGGCUCAGUGCCGCUACAACCAGGACGACGACGGGGACCCAGCCUAUGGCAACGUGGCGGCGAUGCCGCAGGAGCUGAUGUGCAUUGAGAUGCACACCCUGAUGAGCGCCCACGAGGCGCGGACUUGCUUGCCUGGCGAGAUCGACCGAUCGCCCGGCGUGCUGUAA